AUGGCCCUUUUUCUCCGUCUGUUGAGGGGAAACUGGAUUAUUGGCCCAUGCGGCCGAUGGGAAUUUCAGAGUGAAAGAUCCGAUAUAGGUUACGGCGCAAACUUUCGGGGAGAUGAAAGCUAUGAAGCUUUGCUGGGGAAUGUACGAAGAAGGUUCUUGCUUAAUGGAACAACUCCGCUGGCUUUAUCCUACAGGAUUCCACCUCUGAUGCCGGAACCUAAUUCAACCGGUCAGCUACCUAAUGCUGAGUACCACGGAAGGAGGAUUGAAGGUGCUCGACGUGCAUUAGAGCAGAUCUUCACUAAAGCAGAGAUGCUAAUGCACAGAGUUCAUUUUGAGAUUCUGUACUCAAAUCUACUUAACCAAGCCGGAGCUAAUCCGAUGGAGAGGGAGCCUACAUCUCCCCAUCACGAUAAUGAUCGUGACGGUGAUGAUGAUAUGGACUUGCCUACUAAUAGAACGGAUGGAACCACAGAUCAGCGAAACAUGUCACUGGCAGCAAUUGGUGGUAAAUUGUUUAAUAUCAGCCAACUAUAUAAUUAG